GGCAACCGCAUGACAGCAUCAGCAACAACUGCAGCGGCAGAAACAGCAGCAGCAGCAGCAGCAGCAGCAUCGGCAGCCGUUAUGUCUGCGAGUGUGUGAUAGUUAUAAUUAAGAAGUUGGAUGUUGUAAAAUUUCCUUUGUUUGUUUGUCUGCAAACGAUGGUAGUUGUUGUUCCAAUGACCGUAAUAGAAAUGAUAGUAAAGUAAGCAAACACAAUGAAUGCCGUCUAUUGUAAUAUACGCUGGUUCACAGCGAAGCAUUACUCUUCUUUCGUCGCUGUUACAUCCCGGCAGCAUCCGUCGAUAAUAACCGAGAAAACAUUGGUAAAAAAAUGAACACUAGCAGCGGGACAACAAACAGAAACAAUCAGCGGAAGCUGACCACUAACAAUAAUAAUAAUAAUAAUAAUUCAAUAAGAUUUACUAAGGAAGGGUAUUUCUACUAACACGCUUAAUUAAAAGGAUUAUCGCGUUUUGAGAGAAAACAAAACAUAAAAAAAAUGAAGAUCCCUGCUGCUUUAGACCUACAGUGUGGCAAAAAAGGUGACCAAAAACCUUGUGAUGAGAGAAGGGAUGCUUACUAUGAGGAAUCUUUGACCGAACAGAGUACAGCCAAUGCCGGAAUACGGAUAGCUUAUCUUGAUGAGUCUGACCUUUGUCUAAGUGAUUCCGACCAAUCUCAUAAUGACAAUGUAUCCAUACCUGAACCAUACAGUGAAGUUGUUCCAGAAGUGACAUCUCCUGAUUACUCAGAAAGCAGUGUUCCCAUUCGAUACUAUGAAACAAAUCCACCAAAAGAUCCUGAAGGAUGGCAGAAUCAGAUAGAUUAUUUCUUCUCAGUGAGUUCAUUGGCGCUAAACAUCAGUUCGAUCCUACACUUUGCAUCAUGUGCUGCUAAAAAUGGUGGAGGAGCAUUCUGUGUUGCCUACCUAGUUCUGAUGAUGAUAUGUGGACUGCCUCUUGCAUAUCUAGAAACAUGUAUAGGUCAAUAUGCUAAAGGAGGACCAGUUAUUGUUUGGAAGAUCAUGCCAAUUGCUAAAGGUCUUAGCUGGGCAAUGUUAGUGGUCACAAUCCUUAUUGCCAUGUAUUAUAGUGUUAUAAUGUCUUGGAGCCUUUACUAUGCUGGGAUGUCCAUUAUACAACCUUUGCCAUGGAUAUGUAGUAAAACAUAUACAAACAGCAACAAUCCCCUUUGUGAAUCCUCCUUCCUUAUGUCACAUUCAUAUAAACAUCACCAAGAACUGAAUCAACAGCACAUUAGUUUGUUUCAUCAUAUAAAUUCAACAAACACAAGCCUUGCAACUGCCCUCUAUAACUUACCAAGUGGCAUAUACUUUCAGCAGACACUGCUACUCCAGUCAGAAAAAUCUAUCUCUGGAAACUGGCAACUUGUUCUCUGUCUCCUUGCUACUUGGUUACUAGUAUUUAUAAUACUUAUUAGAGGAAUACAGUCAAUGGCUAAGAUUAUGUAUUUGACAGCAAUACUUCCAUAUAUUUUGGUCCUACCUCUCCUAAUUUGCAUUUGCAUGUUAGAUGGUGCUUUACCUAGUGUAAAAUUUUUUCUUACACCUGGUUGGGAUGCAUUACAGAAACUACAGGUGUGGUCUGAUGCAACUAAACAGCUUUUUCUUUCAUUAGCUCUUGGUACAGGGAGUAUUUCAGUUUUAGCUGGUUAUACUCAUUUUCACAGCAACUGUUUUAGGUUUUCACUCCUAGGUUGCAGUGUUAACCUUGUUAGUACAGAAAUAAUGGGACUAUUAAUGUUUGCCAUUCAAGGAGUUUUCACAAAAAUUUAUCAUCUUCCUCUCAACCGUCUAGAAAUUCCUGCCCUUGACAUGGCAUUCAUUAUAUUUCCUGAGAUCACAUCAUUAAUGCCCUUUCCACCAGUGUGGUCAGCUCUUUUUUAUAUUAUGUUGACCAUUAUCACCUUAAAUAGCAUUGUAAUAUUCAUCCAACUAGUUGUAUCAGGACUGGAGAUAAUGUGGCCAAUGCCUGAUAGGAACUAUUACAAGCUGUUCUGGUUGUUUGUCAUAUGUGUAUUAUCUUUCAUUUGUUCCCUCUUCAUACUUUCUCAGGCUGAUAUUUACACUGAUCAAACAAUGGAUGUUUACCUUCCAAGCUGGUCCUUGCCAUUUAUUUGCUUUUUUGAAUGUUUGAUUCUGAUGUGGUUCUAUGGUCCAAAGAAAAUUUUGCGACAUAUCACUGACAUGACUGGUAGCCUUGAUCGUUUUUUUUGGAAAUUAAUGUGGAAAGUAGUUACACCAACAACAAUACUGGUGCUCAGUACUUUAGGAAUUGCACUUGCCUGCUCUUCACUUAAAAAGAAAUGGGAUAUCAGACAAACAAUUGGUUGGAUACUUACUUCACUGCCCAUCUUCAUAAUUUCUCUUUACAUAAUUCACAAACUUAUUGUUGAAUUCAGCAAGAAAGAUAAUUUACAAAAAUCAGAGCAUUUCAAAAAACUUAUAGAAACACCUCCUGAUUGGGGCCCUGGUCUUCUGUCUGAUGAAGAACUCCAAAACGAACAAUGCUCCGAAUAUGUAAUUCAAGAAGAAAAUAACAGGCGCCCUGCUAAUGCUCUUGCAAUUCUUACAGCUAAUCUAUACUUUCCUGAUAUUGGAAGAAUGGUUACUAUGGAUCAGUCCGAUGUACCAGCUGGUGUAUCACCUGCUGUUGCCAUUGCUGGAGCAACACAGUCAGGUGGUAGUUAUUUAGCAGAUGCAAUUUCCAUCACUAGCAAUGAAAGCACUAAUGAGUCUAUGACAGUAGAGGAAAACAAGCUGAGAGGAUACUGGAAUCGUCGACUAGAUUUCAUGCUCUCAUGCUUAGGCUAUGUGAUUGGUCUUGGAAACAUCUGGAGGUUUCCUUAUUUGGUACAUAGGAAUGGUGGAGGAGCUUUUUUUAUCCCUUAUGUUAUCAUGUUGAUAUUUUGUGGAAUUCCAUUGGCCUAUAUGGAACUUGCUUAUGGUCAGUAUGGAAGUCUUGGUCCAAUAACAGUUUGGAAAGCAGUACCAUUUUUCAAAGGUAUUGGUUAUGGAAUGGUGUUGGUAUCAGCAAUGAUAGCUAUCUAUUAUACAAUGGUGACUGCUUGGGCUUUCCAUUUUCUCUUCUCUUCAAUGACUACAAUGCUUCCAUGGAGAAGUUGCUCUAACAGUUGGAAUACAAAAUAUUGCAAAACGGAAAAAUAUCACCUGCCAAAUUGUUCCGACAUCAUGAACAACACCAAAGAACAAGAAUUGAACUUGACUAAUAUUUCCGUCUCAACUAAUUGUAUGUGGAAUGCAUCUUUCUCGUUGUUUGCUGAAGGUUCCUCAUCAGGAAGCUUGGAAGCCAAUGUCACUUUCAAGACUCCCAGUGAGGAGUAUUUUUAUAUAUGGGUUUUAAAUACAAGUAAAAGUAUAGGCCAGCUUGGUACCAUUCGCUGGCAGUUGGCUUUGUGUCUCCUUCUUUGCUGGGUGAUUGUCUUUUUAUGUGUCUUCAAAGGAAUUAAAUCUUCUGGGAAGGUUGUGUACCUAAUUGUGAUAUUUCCCUAUAUCAUUAUGUUUGUACUGUUGAUACGAGGAAUAACAGUAGAUGGCCAUCUCGAAGGAAUAAAAUUUUACCUCACACCAAAAUGGGAGAAGUUGAAAAAAGUCCACGUCUGGGGUGAUGCAGCAGCACAGGUGUUUUUCUCCCUUUCACUGUGCUGGGGAGGACUGUCAACACUUUCCAGUUACAACAAAUUUCACAAUAAUAUAUUCAGAGAUGCCAUUUUUGUAUGUUUAGGAGAUUCAUUAAUGAGUCUCUUGGCUGGUUUCUCAGUUUUUGCCGUGAUGGGAGUCCUAGGCAAAGAACUUAACACCACUGUUGAAAACGUUGUUGAGUCUGAUGUUGGACUUGCAUUUACAGCUUAUCCUGCUGCCCUUACAUACCUUCCAGCAGCCCCACUGUGGGCAAUCCUUUUCUUCCUGAUGCUUGUAAUGAUGGGUUUAAGCACAGAAAUUACCGUUGUCGAAACUGUUGUCACUGCUAUUAUUGAUGAAAAAAUUGAAGUUUUGCGUAAAAAGAGAGUGACAGUGUUAUUUAUUGUUUGUAUGUUACUUUACUUCAUGGGUUUACCUAUGACAACAGAGGGAGGACUCUAUAUUUUACAACUGAUGGACGAGUGUACAGGAUUCCCCGUGAUGAUUAUAGGUAUCUGUAUGUGUGUAGCAAUUGCAUGGGUUUACGGUGUAAAACGGUUUUGUGCAAAUAUCACACAUAUGAUUCAACACAAAGUCAGCUGGUUUUGGCGAAUCUUGUGGAUGGGUGUAUCCCCUGUCAUACUUCUGUUUGUGCUCAUCUUCUCUGUAAUAGACUACAAACCCUUAGCUGAAAAAUUCGUGUCAUCAGCCUAUCCAUACUGGUCAGAUAUAGCAGCAUUUUUUAUCAUGACAGUUCCUGUUAUUUCAAUUCCAUUCUGUAUAAUUACCAAAUUAAUUUAUGCUGAAGGAACAUUCAAAGAGAGAAUACGGUUCCUUUGUGAAUCUGAAGCUGAUUGGGGACCUGCACUUGAGAAACAUUGGGAACACAUUGAAUAUGUGCCAACAGUAUUCACUUGCUCAGGAUCUUUUAGUGGAUUUGGGGUGGAGAAAUUACCGAUCUCUUCGGUGUCAGGUGCACGGACUUACAAAACACAACUAGAACUGCACUCCAUCAAGCAUCAUGGCCGGCACAAGCAGGUUAUGAGGAAUGCAGAUAAAGAACCUUCCAGACAACUCCAUCUAGACAUUCGAUCUGAAUCAAUGGACUUUCUACAGCCUCAAGUUUGGAAUCCCAAAGACACUAAAGAUCACGUUGAAUUCACUACCUCUGGUAUUCGGGUCCCAAGUUUGUCUGAAACAACAAGUUUGAUAUCCUUAUCACCAAAAUUAGCUCGUAAUCGCAAGCAAUUAGAUAUGCGCCAAAGAGCAAUACUAAACCAUGCAUACAGCAAUCCUCAAUGCAAUUCUUCUGCUGGUUCCACAGAGAGAUUAACUCGUCCAUUACUUUAUGAGCAUUCUGAUGAUGAAAUAAUUAUUGUACCAAGGAAUCAGAUCAAAGUACAGAUGCAUGAUGUUGCGACUCAGACAGAUUCAAGAAAUGCUGAUUUAAAUAAUGCAAAUGGUGCUUCUUGGCAAAAUGUCAGGAUGAGUCACAAUAGCAUCUUCAGUCAAAGCAGCACCAUAAGUUUGGACAGAACAAGCUUGCAUAGUGAACAUAGUGUUAGUGAUUACCGAGGAUCAAUGGAAAAAGUUAAAAUGGCUGACAGCCGAGAAGAACUGCGUAAAAGUAAGACAUUAGAAAAUAAAAUGCCAAAAUGUAGAUUCAGUAAAGAACUUACAUUUGAUUAUGCAGAAAAUGAGGGGUCCUUACGUACUUACGAAGCUACCAAUGGCAUAUGUGAAGUACAAUUUGAAAAACAUCCUGAAGUAAUGAAUUCAGCAGACAAAAGUAAAGUGAACCAAAAAGCGGCUCCUGAUAUAGACAAUUUUAUCAACUCAGUCAAAUUGGACAGAAUAAAAAAUACAGAAGACAAUCAAUCCCUUCCACAACAAGACUAUCCAUUUCCUAAACUUGAACCAAAUAUUUUAGUGGAAAAAAAUGAUCAAAUUGUUCGACAAAAAGAAUACAGAAAAGAUACAAGGGCAGCAAGUUCUCCUGUGAGUCCAACCGGAGCAAAGAAUGUUGAAAAUGUUGAAUUAAAGAAAGUCACAUUGUUAAAAAAAGACAAACUGAAUGUCAAAAUUGAUAGUGAUCCUCAAAAAUGUGCAGAUGAACGGAUGCUACAAAAAGAAGAAAAUAUCCCAGACAAGCUAUACAAGAUACCAAAUAAAGCCCUGAAAUCAAGUAUCAAAAGGAAAGCAGUUCCUGUUCCACAAAGUUUGGAGAAAGUAAGUAAGUCAAGCAAAGAUAAAAUCAAGCCUAUAUUAGGUAAAGCAUCUUCAGAUGGACUUCGAGGAAAAAAUUUAUUUGAACGCAAAAAUUCAAAUGAAAGCAAUAUAGAUGCACUUACUAAAAGCUCACCUGACAAUACUAAUUUGUUGGGUGACAAUUUAUCCAAUGGUAAUACAGGUCUAAAGAUUAAGAGUUUAUCUGGAAGCAAUGCAAAUGUUUUGGUAAUGAGGUCACCUGACAAUCCUGACAGUUCAUUGAUGAAGACUACAAGCAUGCUGGUGAAAAAUUCUCCUGAGAACAAUCAAUGUAUUUUGAUUAAGAAUUCAUCAAAAAAUCCUAUGAAUGUGUUAGUUAAGAAAUCACCGGAUAGCAAUGCAUAUGUUUUGAUGAAGAAUUCACCUGAACAUAAUACAAAUGUAUUUAGUAAAAACUCACCUGAACAUAAUGGAAGAGUGUCAGUGAAAAAUUCACCUGAGAAUAAUGCUAGUGUAUCAAUGAAAAAUUCACCUGAGCAUAAUGCUAGUGUAUCAAUGAAAAAUUCACCUGAGCAUAAUGCAAGUGUAUCAAUGAAAAAUUCACCAGAGCAUAAUGCAAGUGUAUCAAUGAAAAAUUCACCUGAGCAUAAUGCAAGUGUAUCAAUGAAAAAUUCACCCGAGCAUAAUGCAAGUGUAUCAAUGAAAAACUCACCUGAACACAAUGCAAGUGCAUCGAUGAAAAACUCACCUGAGCAUAAUGCAAGUCUAUCAAUGAAAAACUCACCCGAACAUAAUGCAAGCGUAUCAAUGGAAAACUCACCUGAACAUCAUUCAGUCGUGUUAUUUCAAAAUUCACCAAAGCACAAUGUCAGCAUGAGUGACAAGGAAUCAGAACUUGAAGAAUUAAAACAAGAACAGAUUGGUAAUCAUACCGAAACGUAUCCUUCAGAUGAAGUUGGGUUUACUCAUUCCACAUCACAGUCCAGUGAAACAUCAUUGCCAGACACUGAAGACGGACCUGCUGUAUUGGAAAUUGAAGUAACACAAAUGACCAAGCUGUAAAUCAACACAACUGGUUUAAUUUAAAACUUUAUCUGAUGAUAUGUGAUAGGUACUGAGCAAAAUCUCACAGCUGAACACUUCAUCAAAUGGUUUUGAUACCAGCAGCCUGAUGUCAUAGUGACCAAAAGUUAGUGGUGGGAAAAUGCUCUCUUGUAUUGUUACAAAUGAAUAGUAGGUUUCAAUAUGAUACAGGAGAAAUGUGUUAAACCACCGUUAGUUAAACUACUCAUAGUAUAGAUCUUUCCCAGAUGUUUUGUUAAUACCAACUCAAUACAAACUAAAAGUCUAAUUGUGCAAACUAAUUUUUAAAUGGUAUUUUAAUUGGUUACUAAUUAUAAUAUCAGUAAAAUCUAUUUUCUAAAACCUGAUGAAUAUCCAUGGAAAAUUAUACCAUGGUUAUGUAGUAAUCAGAUAUUUACACUAAUAAUAAUGAUGACCUAUGGCCAUUGUGAAAAAGAAAAACAAUUGGUAAGUUUUAGUGGUGUUACAUAAUUCAGUUCAGUGGUGUUAUGUACAUAUAUUAAUAUCAAACUUUCAAAUGAAAGCUUUAAGAAAAUAUGUACAUUAGAGAAACAUAAGCCACCCUAGAAUUAUUCCAAUGUUGAAUGUUAGUAAUUAUGCUCGAAUGAAUGUUAGCUACAACAUGAUUAGUACCUCUAUUGGGUUCUUCCAAAAUAAAAUCAACACCCCUGCAAACUCAAUUUGUCCAUUAAUUGAUUAAUAAUUCAGUUGAGCUAAUCAAACAUUAAAGCCAUUUUUAUAAGUGGAGGUAUAACGAAACAAAAAAAAAUACUUGUCUUUUUAUUGGUUAAAUCUAUUUUUUUACAAAUUGUAUAAAAUUAUUAGAGAUUUGUUCUGCAUUGGUGAUUAGAACCACAAAGAAGACUCCAGUUGUUUAAAUUAUGAAACUGAAAUUACAGUAGGAGUAAUAAUUCUACUAAGACUGCUUUAUUGCUGGAUAGAGAUAAAACUAUUAUCAUGAGAAAAGCAAUAUUAUGAUGUGUAAAACCACAAUGAACUGGAAAGAUAGGUUUUUCAUAAUCUAGAUUUUGAGAAAAUGAGAAGAUAACUGUAUAAGUUAUAUAUAGUUGAGCAUAUAUUACUCUAGUUUGAAAUGUUUUUUUUUUUAUGGGAAAUAUAGAUGCUGUAAAUAGAAAACAUGAAAGAGAUUAUAAUCACUUUCAUUUAAUCUGGAUCUCAGCAUGACCAUGAACUUUCAUUUCUUCAUAACAAAAAAGUAUUCCAUCCAUCAAUUACUCUCAGUUUAACCUCCACUUUUAAGAUCUUUUAAAUAAAUGAUUUAAAGAAACAAAAACAACAAAAAACACAA